UCCCUGAUGCCGAGGGAUGGAUAGAGCGGCUGCCCUGCGAGCCGCCGGCAUGCUGGAGAGGAAGGAGCGGAGCGGCGGCGAGGCGGCGGGGCCGCGGGGCUUGCCGGCCGUGCGGACCACGCUGCAGCAGUGCGGGCUGCUGCAGGACCUCAUCGACAUUUCGCUCUCCAACCUGCGCGGGCUCCGCACCAAGUGUGCCGCGUCCAACGACCUCACGCAGCAGGAGAUCCGCACGCUGGAGGUGAAGCUGAUUGACUACAUCCACCGGCAGCGGCAGUGCAAGCUGAGCGUGCCCCUGAGCGACCGCACGGCCGAGCUCAACAGCUACCCCCGCUUCAACGACUGGCUGGACAUCGUCAACGUCAGGAAGGAGGUGGUGCAGAGAAUACCAGAGGAGCUGACCCUGGAUGCCUUACUAGAAAUGAAUGAGUCAAAGGUGAAAGAAACGAUGAAGAGAUGUGGAGCCAGAGAUGAGGAGUGCUCCAGGCUCAACGGGGCCCUGAGCUGCCUGCGGAAGGUGACGGAGUCAGGAGCGGAGCCGAGGGACGACGUGCCGCUGGCCCUCCCCGAGCGCCGGGACAGCUCCUGCCCGCAGCCGGAGCCCGCGUGCCCGCCGUGUGCCCCGGGCAGGGGCGGCCAGCCGCGCCCCGCGCCCUGCGAGCCCUGUCCCUCGGCAGAGGCGCUGCUGGAGCCGCCGGCGCUGCCCGCGGGCCGGCCCCGCGCCCCGCACAGCAUCACCGUCACCCCCCCGGCCACGCCGCAGCCCAAGCGCCGGCACCGCCUGAAGCCGCCGCGGACGCCGCCGCCCCCCUGCCGCAAGGUGUUCCAGCUGCUGCCCAACUUCCCCGCCCUCACCAGGAGCAAGUCCCACGAGUCUCAGCUGGGCAACAGGAUAGACGAAGUUCCUCCAAUAAAGUUCGAGCUCUCCCAGGGAUCCCCCCAGACGGUACGAAGAGACUUUGGCCUGGCUGUGACUCACAGGUUCUCUACAAAGUCCUGGUUAUCUCAGAUUUGCCAAGUGUGCCAGAAGAGCAUGAUGUUCGGGGUGAAGUGUAAGUACUGCAGAUUAAAAUGUCACAACAAAUGUACUAAAGAGGCACCUGCUUGUAGAAUAUCCUUCCUUCCCAUAACAAAAAUAAGAAGAACAGAGUCUGUCCCAUCUGAUAUCAAUAAUCCAGUAGACAGACCCACAGAACCCCAGUUUGGAACCCUCCCCAAAGCACUAACUAAAAAGGAGCAUCCACCAGCAAUAAACCACCUGGACUCCAGCAGUAAUCCUUCUUCCACAACCUCAUCCACUCCCUCCUCCCCAGCACCCUUCCAGUCUUCCAACCCUCCCAGUGCGACGCCGCCCCCCAACGCGUCCCCCAUGGGCCAGAGGGACGGGCGCUUCAACUUCCCAGCUGCCUACUACCUUCAGCAUAGACAACAGUUUGUCUUCCCAGAAAUUCCCAGUCCUGCACAAACAGCACAGCUUCCAGAAACUGCUGCAGACACUAACGCUGCCCAGCAGCCGGGCACGGGCGGAGGCUCACGGGAAGCACAGGUGGAGGAAGCAGAGGCGGGGAAGUCGGAGCCCGAGGAUGAUGAGGAUGAGGUGGAAGAUUUGCCCAACCGGCGGCCGCACCUGCAGGGGAUGAUCUACCGCAAACCCAGCCAGACCAGCGUGUACCUGCAGGAGUGGGACAUCCCCUUCGAGCAGAUCCAGCUGGGGGACCCCAUCGGCCAGGGCCGCUGGGGCAAGGUCUACAAGGGCAAGUGGCACGGGGAGGUGGCCAUCAGGCUGCUGGAGAUCGAUGGCAACAACCAGGAUCACCUGAAGCUCUUCAAGAAGGAGGUGAUGAACUACAGGCAGACCCGGCAUGAGAACGUUGUGCUGUUCAUGGGAGCCUGCAUGAACCCCCCUCACCUGGCAAUCAUUACCAGCUUCUGCAAAGGAAGGACGCUGCACUCCUUUGUGAGAGACCCCAAGAUCUCCCUGGACAUCAACAAAACCAGGCAGAUAGCACAAGAGAUCAUUAAGGGCAUGGGGUAUCUCCACGCAAAGGGGAUUGUACAUAAGGAUCUGAAAUCCAAAAAUGUCUUCUAUGACAAUGGGAAAGUUGUGAUCACCGACUUUGGAUUAUUUGGAAUUUCGGGUGUGGUCCAGGAAGGAAGGAGGGAGAAUGAGCUGAAGCUGCCUCAUGACUGGUUGUGCUACCUGGCCCCUGAGAUUGUCCGUGAGAUGGCCCCAGGGAAAGAUGAAGACAAGCUGCCUUUCUCCAAAGCUGCAGAUAUCUAUGCCUUUGGGACCGUGUGGUACGAGCUGCAGGCACGGGAGUGGCCCUUCAGGAGCCAGCCUGCAGAGGCUCUCAUCUGGCAGAUCGGCAGCGGAGAGGGAGUGAGACAAGUCCUUGCCACUGUCAGCCUGGGCAAAGAGGUCAAUGAAAUCCUCUCGGCCUGCUGGGCCUUUGACCUCAGCGAGAGGCCCAGCUUCACUGUCCUCAUGGAAAUGCUUGAAAAACUGCCAAAACUGAACCGCCGGCUCUCCCACCCAGGGCACUUCUGGAAGUCUGCCGACAUUAACAGUAGCAAAGUUGUCCUGCGUUUUGAAAGAUUGGGCUUGGGGAUCCUGGAACCGAGUAACCCAAAGCUGUAGGCCGGUGUCAUUGCGACCAUGCUGGCUGCCUGCUCCCACACAGCACCAGAAACCCUCCCUGGCUGCUCCACGCCGAGGCUGAAGGACCAUCAGCUCAGCCCCGGGUCCCGCCUGAGCACCAGCAGCUAUUUAACAAUGUUUACAUGAUACUUUUGUGUCAACUAUAUUUUUUUAAACAUAAUAAACAGUGAAUCAAGUUGAAUACAGCCAUUCUCAAAUGGCACUGAGAAAGAGCUGAGCUGUUCUGGUUCCUCCUCGUGUCCGUGGUCCGUAGGAGCCACUCUGCCCU